AUGCGGCCGUGCUCCUGCUGGAGCCCAUCUUCGCGAACUCCAACACCUCCAUGGCUGGCGCGGGCGACUCGCUACGCCCCUCACCGCUGCGUCUACGCAGCUUCAACCCGUCCAUGUGCACGACACCCCGCGGACUUCACCACGCCCACGCAGCACCUCCAGGACGGACGCUACUACACGCCGCUGACGGCCCCGUUCAGACGUGAUGCUACUGCAGCUAUGCCCGCAAAUAUGGCCGGUAGAUUUGAAGUACACCGAGAGCGUGGCAGGCUGUCGCGAGUGCAGCGACGCGUUGAGGCUCCCGCCCUUCGAAGCAUACAGUACACCCCGCUCGGCCCAGAAGUCAAUGCUUAG